UGGGAGAGAGAGAGAGAGAGAGAGAGAGAGGAAGAGACAGGUACAUGGAGUUGGGAAUAGAGGGAGAAAAUGGGCGAGUGUUUGAGCAAGAGUGGUAUUCAGUGCAUUGCCUGAAUUCAAUCUGGUCAGGGUCAUUUACUCAGCUUGCCUUGUUACAGAUCCCUCAUUCACUGCUGUGUCUGCCUGGAGAGAAGACAGUUAGCCUGAACACUUUCACCUCAGACAGCGCUUCCCUAUUUCGUUAGUGCCCAGCGUAUCCUCAUACCAAAGUACUAGUACACUUUCUGCCCCUCAUAAGACACAGAGAGGAGGAAUGCUGACCGGCUUGUGUGUGUUUGGUCGUGUUUGAGGACAUUUUGUGUGGUGCAUCCUUUCGUUGUGUAUGGUAUCAGUGAAGCUUCACUCUCCCUCAUUGUGCAUAGUCGCGCAUUUACAAGUUGGCUGCUGGUACUACCGCUGUGUACUGGGGCAAUAACACCAGGACGCUUCAUCUGAAUUGUAGCUGAAUAUUACGACAAGCCUGUAUGGUGUGAAAGUUAGCCUCCAUUACACUCGCUCCUGCUACAUUAAAAAGAUUAACAGAGAAUAUUGCAAUAGGAACCUUGUUUCCCUUUUCUUAAUGAGAUAUAGCACUACACAUAGGUAAUUUAUCACAACCUACAGUAUCAGAGAUAUAGCGUAGCUCACCAAUUGACUUCCAACCAUUUCCCCUCCAUCACCACUGCCAAAACGACUACUGCACCCACCCUCCAACCCACCCCAGAGGACGGAGGCCCCUCCUCCCUCCCCUUUGCACUCCAUUCCUCCGGAAACGGACCAUUUGAGCAGGUAAACUGGCCCUGCCAUUAGGCCUCGUUUACAGCCCCUUCCCCAGUCCACAGCAGUGGAUACCCUACCAGGCUCCACCACCACAACCACCACCACCACUUCCCCCGAUACAUUGCACUCUCGCUGAGAUGACGACCAAUGAGAAGCAACAGCAGCAGGGAGGAGGAGGGGAUUCCCCUAAUGUCACCCUCACUAUCAGGCUUGUCAUGCAGGGAAAGGAAGUAGGCAGCAUAAUUGGCAAGAAAGGAGACACUGUCAAGAGGUUUCGAGAAGAGAGUGGAGCUAGGAUAAACAUUUCAGAUGGGUCUUGUCCUGAAAGAAUAGUCACAAUAACAGGCUCUCCAGAAGCAAUAAACUUGGCAUUCAAGCUUAUCACAAAAAAGUUUGAUGAGGACCUUUCGAAUUCAGUGUUAUCACCCGGUACUCCUAAGCCCCCUGUCUCGUUACGUCUCAUUGUACCUACGAGUCAGUGUGGUUCCCUCAUAGGAAAGGGUGGCUCAAAAAUUAAAGAUAUUAGAGAGACGACUAGUGCAUCAAUCACAGUGGCAAGUGAGAUGCUACCAAGCUCAACAGAAAGAGCAGUCACAAUCUCAGGAACUCCCGAAGCAAUAACCAAAGCCAUUUACCAAGUCUGCUGCGUCAUGCUUGAGUCACCUCCUAAAGGAGCUACCAUUCCGUACCGUCCAAAGCCCGCUACAGCACCCAUCAUAUUUGCUGGAGGCUCAGUAAGUAUGACUGAACAACACCUACAUCAACAACAGGCAUAUGCUGUCCAUGGUAACUACGCUCUUGCCCAGCCAGACUUAACCAAGCUCCACCACCAACUUGCCCUGCACCACCAGCAAACCCCCUACGCAAUCCCUGGACAGACCCCAUUUUCUCCUGCAGCGUUGACACAGUUUGCAGCCCAGACAGCUGCUCCUCCGCCACAGGUACAAGGUCAAGCCACAACACAAGAAAUCACCAUUCCAAACCAUCUCAUUGGAUGUGUCAUUGGAAGAGGAGGAACCAAGAUUCAAGAGAUCAGGCAAAUGUCAGGAGCCAACAUCAAGAUUGCAAACUCACAAGAGGGUAGUACAGACAGAUCAGUAACAAUCACUGGGUCACCAGAGUCUGUUGCAGUUGCUCAGUGUCUCAUAAAUACCAGCCUCGAGCUAGCAAAGGGGCUGACCUUCGACCCAUCGACCUUUGCUACCGGUGUGACCUCAUCCUCGUCCUCCAAAACGUCUCCGUCUCUCGUAUCCUCACCUCUGACCUCUGCCACCCUGUCCGCUAACCCCCUCACCCUCCUUCCUUCCACCAUCAACAACAAUGGCACAGCAGUCGGCACGGUAACCACUACGGCACCCACCCAUCUCACCAUCCCUCUCAACAACCUUCUAAAGACGGUGCCCAUGCUCAACCUAGAGGCAGCAGGCCAGCUGGUUAAGUCCACCUAUGCCACCAAGAUGCGUGCAUCUGCGGCCAACUCUUCCAAGAAAUUCACCCCUUACUGAGUUUCUACAGGCGAUCUCUCUGUGGCAAAUUGUACAUCGAGUCUUUUACCUGAAAAGGGGAAAGCAUUCAUUAUGUACAUGCAUACAGCAUUUGUGCUAACGGGAGGUAGAGCUUACAUGAUGCCAUUACCAGUAUUCAGAAAGUGUUCUCCAAUAGUGGAGAAUCUUAAUUGGGUAAUUCAGUGGAUCGUUUGAAUGUGUAAAAUUCUAAUAUGAAAUAGACUAGUUUUAAUUCUAUUUAUUCAUGUUAAUGCAAGGUGAAAACUUCGAUUUCCAAUUUUCAUGGCUGGAGAAUAAUAAUGAGCAACAAGUUUUCUAUUUAUUUUCUUUUUAACUUUUACCAAUAUUGAAUCAAAUCAUUUUGACAAAGAAAAGCCUGACUUUUUUUCUUGAAAUUUAGAAUGGGCUUAGGAAUUGUAAAGUUUUGAUAAUUUGUCUCAUAAAUCAUGUCUUGAUGUGUGUUAGAAAACUUGAUUGCACUGAAAAGAUGAAAUGGCUACCGUACAUCUGUGAUCUGUAUUCUUCAAUUUCAUCCUAUGAGACAUAACGUUUUCACUAAAUUUAUGAAAACUAACCUUCUAAAUAUUUGUAAGUACAUGUAUUAAUCAAUAUUCCAGGUAAUUAGAAACAAAACUAGAGUUAGAUGCUUCUUGUAAGUGUCGGCUUGCAUGGUGAUGUAGAUAUACAGUAGGCUUGCGGGUGCACCAUGUGAGAGAGAGAGAGAGAGAGAGAGAGAGAGGAUUGAGGA